CUCUCUACAAAACCAAACAACUUUCAAAAUCAUAAUGAACACAUCAAACUCACCUACACAUUUUCUUCCUUCUUCCUCUUCUUGUUAUUAUCAUCGCUCAUCACUCACUCACUCUCUUUCUCUCUCUUCCCACCAACCAUGUCUUCUUCCACUUCCUCACUCUCUCUCACCAACCCCCAUCUCACGCGCCUCACUUCCACCACGCGCCUCUCCUCUCUCCCUUCCACUAUCUCCCUCCGCUCACCAACAACCCCUUCCACUCAUCUCUCCCUCUCCCACACCCACCUCCGCCGCACCUCCGUCAAAUCAUCCGCCGUCGUAACACAAACGUCCGAAAAUUCCACUGCAGACUUGUCACUCGUUGAGAAAUCAGUUAACACGAUCCGAUUCUUGGCGAUUGAUUCGGUUGAGAAAGCUAAUUCGGGUCACCCGGGUUUACCCAUGGGUUGUGCUCCGAUGGGUCAUGUGAUUUAUGAUGAGGUUUUGAGGUAUAACCCCAAAAACCCUAAAUGGUUUAACCGUGAUCGGUUUGUUUUGUCUGCUGGUCAUGGUUGUAUGCUUCAGUAUGCUUUGCUUCACCUUGCUGGAUACGAUAGUGUCAAGGAAGAAGAUUUGAAGGCAUUCCGUCAAUGGGAGAGCAAAACCCCCGGACACCCUGAGAAUUUUGAGACUCCUGGAGUUGAAGUCACAACAGGUCCUCUUGGUCAGGGAAUUGCCAAUGCUGUUGGUUUGGCCCUUGCAGAGAAGCACUUAGCUGCCAGAUUUAACAAACCCGAUAAUGAGAUUAUUGAUCAUUACACGUAUUGUAUACUCGGUGAUGGUUGUCAAAUGGAGGGAAUUGCAAAUGAAGCUUGCUCACUUGCUGGCCACUGGGGAUUAGGGAAGCUAAUAGCGUUUUAUGAUGACAAUCAUAUUUCUAUUGAUGGUGACACGGAAAUUGCAUUCACCGAGAGUGUUGAAAAGCGUUUUGAGGGACUUGGGUGGCAUGUUAUUUGGGUAAAGAAUGGAAACACUGGCUAUGAUGAGAUUCGUGCUGCUAUUAGGGAAGCAAAAUCUGUCAAAGACAGACCUACAUUGAUCAAGGUCACAACAACAAUUGGUUAUGGUUCUCCCAAUAAAUCUAACUCCUACAGUGUGCACGGUAGUGCACUUGGUGCCAAAGAAGUGGACGCUACCAGAAACAACCUUGGAUGGUCACACGAGCCUUUCCACGUGCCUGCAGAUGUUAAAAAGCACUGGAGUCGCCACAUCCCCGAGGGUGCUGCACUUGAAUCCGAGUGGAAUGCAAAGUUUGCCGAAUACGAAAAGAAGUACAAGGAGGAAGCUGCAGUUUUGAAAUCUAUUAUCAGUGGUGAUUUACCUUCUGGUUGGGAGAAAGCACUUCCGACAUACACUCCAGAGACCCCAGCCGAUGCAACCAGAAUUCUUUCACAGCAAAACCUUAACGCCCUUGCAAAAGUUCUUCCCGGUCUGCUUGGUGGCAGUGCAGAUCUUGCUUCUUCCAACAUGACCUUGCUGAAAACAUUUGGGGACUUCCAAAGCGAUUCUCCAGGGGAGCGUAAUGUAAGGUUUGGUGUUCGAGAACAUGGAAUGGGAGCAAUUUGCAACGGCAUUGCUCUUCACAGCCCCGGAUUGAUUCCAUACUGUGCAACCUUCUUUGUUUUCACCGACUACAUGCGUGGUGCCAUAAGGCUUUCUGCCCUAUCCGAAGCUGGUGUUAUAUAUGUAAUGACUCAUGAUUCAAUAGGACUUGGAGAGGAUGGUCCAACCCACCAGCCGAUUGAGCACCUUGCAAGCUUCCGGGCAAUGCCGAAUAUCUUGAUGCUUCGUCCAGCUGACGGUAAUGAAACGGCUGGAGCAUACAAAGUCGCCGUGCUCAACAGAAAGAGACCCUCUAUCCUCGCCCUUUCUCGACAAAAAUUGCCUAACCUUGCUGGAACUUCUAUCGAAGGAGUUGAAAAAGGUGGAUACAUCGUCUCUGACAACUCAACAGGAAACAAACCUGAUGUCAUUUUGAUCGGAACUGGUUCCGAAUUGGAAAUUGCUUACAAAGCUGCCGAGGAUCUAAGAAAGGAAGGGAAGGCUGUUAGAGUUGUUUCCUUUGUUUCUUGGGAGCUUUUCGAUGAGCAAUCAGAAGCAUACAAGGAGAGUGUUCUCCCUGCUGCGGUUUCGGCCAGAGUUAGCAUCGAGGCCGGAUCAACAUUCGGGUGGCAUAAAAUUGUCGGAAGUAAAGGAAAAGCGAUAGGUAUUGAUCGUUUCGGUGCUAGUGCUCCUGCCGGAAGAAUAUACAAAGAGUUCGGUAUCACUAAAGAAGCUGUUAUUGCUGCAGCAAAAGAGCUUAUUUAAAUUUAUUAGUUUCUUGUCAUUUAAGAACUUUUGUUUUGGUUUUGAGUUUUGAUAUAUCUACAGAAAAAAGGUUGUUUCAAUAGCAUUUUGUUGUUUGUUUUGAAUAAGAAAAGGUUAGAUUAUUGUUGCUUGAGAUUGUGAGUGAAGCUAAGCAACAUAGCAACAUAGAUCAAAACGAGUACACUAAAUAAAUUUUUAUGAGCUUGCAAACUUUUCAACCAAUUUAGUUUUGUAUUGCCCCCACUGUUAAAUUUAAUGAUUUUCACGAGAGAAUUCUAUGAUA